AUGGUCAAGGACGUCUCUAAGGCGCGACGAGCAAAGACGGGGAAGCAGGCGUUUGUGGCCAAGUCGGCGGGUGGGCAUAUGACGAUCAGAUCGCUCGGCAAGAAGCCACCCCCUGUGUCGACUAUUGAGUACAGCAAAAUCAAGCGCUUGAAGCGGGGCUCUUCAACAGAUCGGGUUGUCUCUCUGGCGUACCCUGGUCCCAACGAGAAAACCCCAGUGGCUAUUUACACGAUGAGGUUCAGCAGUGAGGAGGCUUACAAGAACUUCACAAGAAGCAUGGAAGGUAGGUCGUCAACUCCAGACUUGGCUAGAUCGUCUCCAAACUACUCGGAGCCUCCUCCACACAGCACAACUUCACGCGACCCCGGGCUGGAGUCGCAGCAUCAACAGCAGGAGAAGCCGAAACAGAAGAAAUCGAAGAAGAAGUCUAGACACCACUCACUGACGUCGUCAUCGUCCUCGUCAUCCUCGAAUCGAGCAUCUUCCACUGGAAGCGGUCGCAGAAGUCGCGCGGUGGUAGCCUUCAUCAGCACUGAUUGUCUUCGGCCGAAAUCGCGACCACCUGAUCGAAGUUUGAGUCCGAUUAUAACAAUUAACACGCCCAUUGAAACGAGCUACGUGGUGGCUACUUCUCGCAUCCGUAAGUCGCCCUCCACCACGUCGAGGUAUCGCGGAUCUUCUGCGAGACCAGCCAGCCGAUGCCCUGACCAGAAAUUCACCAUAAUUAAACCGACAGUGCGCACUCACCGUCGUCGUUCCGUGAGUAGCUCAAGCGCCUCGUCAACACAGAGCUAUUCUACACUAACUGAAUCAAGUUACAGCAGCAGCAGCAGUAGCGGCAGGAGCAGCUACAGCUCCAGCAGGUCCAGUCUGGACUCCUUCACGGAGCUACGAUCGCGAGUGACACUGGAGGAGCGAUCGAGUCCAGUGAAGUUCCGUCGAGUACCCGUCCGCAAUCACAACAUCGUCAACCUCAGCAGCUCGUCGUCGAGCAGCUCUGACGAAGCGUCGUCAGGUGAAGUGCUCCACGGUGGCCGCACCUUCGUGAUUUCGCGUUGCUCCGGAGACCGCGGCUCCAGGGCGAGGUGUCGUCCCGUGGCAGGGGUUACCGUAACCAAAGACACUCCAAGCUUCGUGUUCAGAGCGGAGAAUCUCUGA